CCGAGAACGAUUGGACGCGCUCGAGUCCGCGUAGAAGGGACGCCGUAACACAUGCAUUGCAGUAGCUGGGAGAUACUCGAUCGGGGCGAAAGCCAUGACGGGAGGAUGAGAAUUGUCUUGCGAAGGUCAUGUUUCGUUUAUAGAAAUUGCAUACGAAGGAAAAACAACAAAAGACUGGGCAACACACGAGCCAGCGAGUGACACACGUGGACAGCGAUUGGCUGAAUGGCUGGGGUCGCGCUUUCUCUCUCAGCCUUUGCUUUCUGGUCUGUGCCCGAAAAAGCCCGUCAGUCCUCGUCCUUGAACCACGCAUCGUCCUCGACUCUCUCUCCUUACCUACCACCCUCGAGGCCUUGUGACUUUCUGUCAUCUUCACCUCUUGCUGUUCUGGUUUUGCUUGGAUUAGCACAAUCAUCUACAGACUCGACCAAUCGACCGCUUGCACGCCCAUAUUUCGCCGUCGACCUCGACCCAAGACUGGUGAUCGGCCAACAAAUAGCCUUCAGCCGCUUUCGCGUACCACUACCACUACCCAGGAACCUCUCGCUGCGGCGUUUGCAUUCUGGCUACCACCAAGUUGGCGGGCGUUCGCCUUAUUCUGUCCCUCAGCCUCCCUCUUCAGGGCCCAAAGAUCUGGGUCUGUGGAGGCGACAAGAAGCCGCCAUAACUGGUCCACGGCAGCCAUACCACAUUGUCUACUGUUACAACAACCAACUAACCCAUUCGCUGCCCUGAUCUAAGAGGGGGUAGAGACUGGACCGCGAAUCACCAUCCACGGCUUAGUGUAGGGCUGACCCCUGCGCGAGGCCGCUGUUCAAGUUGAACAUCUUCCAACGGUGAGC